AUGAAGCCCCCGCACCUUUCCGAGAACGACAUCGAGACCUUGACAAACAAGGCGCAGCUGCGAAAGAGGUGGGAGGAUGCAAAACGGAUAGCGGGCGAACGUGCUGAUACCGUCAUGGCUCGGAGUGUCGAUGGGCUCGACUACCUCAACACCUACCUGCUUGACGCCCUCAACCCAGUCAAGGGCAAGGCGCGGAUCCCGCUCCUCAACAAGAAGUUCCUCAAGACUUUCGGCAGAGAUUGCGACUCGAUACUCCAGCGUCUUGGGUUCACGACCGAGCUGGAAGUCCAGGGUGAUCCUUCCAGUCGAGUAUGGUACCUUCCACGACCUGCCGAAUCACAGGGACCUCUAGAGACGACGCUGCGCAACACGAUCGAAGAUACCCGCUAUGAGUUGAACACCAUCAUCCUUAAGAGUCCAGAGAACGACCGUGUUGGCGCACCAAAGAACCCAUUAUUCCCUACACCUGCAGGAGCCCAUAUCGAAAGAGCCCUGGCUUGUGACAACUGUAUGUGCUCUUUCAAUUUUCUGGCGCUCACUAACACAGCCAGACGACAGAGUCCCAGGCCGCACUGCGAGUGUUAUGCCGCUCUUGGUGCGGUCGGUGAUUUUUCGGACGCGCUAAUCUUGUUUGCGUUUGCUCAGCAGAUUGUUGUCGAUGUGGAAAGCCGCUCCUACUAUUACGAAUGUCUACAAGACCUCGCCGUUGGCCGCAAAAGUGAAGAACUGCAAAUACAGGUCGCCACCUACGGUUCGCAGGGUUUUACAAGCAGACGUGAGCUUGACGCCGCAUACAAAUCCUUUGGCAUCGAGCCAGCACACGCCAAACACCUCAACGACGAGCACAUCAUUGGCACUUUCAGAUCAAGACUUUCCGACAUCAGUCCACACAUGGCCGAGGAUGCACGCAGACAGCUGCGCAUCAUUGGUGACGCACGCAACAGCGAAACCAUCCGGGCGGAAGCUUCCGAUGCUUUGGAGACUUAUGAGCAGGCAUUGUCAUGGCUAGACCUGACGGAAGAAGUAGCCGAUGACUUCGUUGUCACCAUGGUCUCUCUCAAGACUGGAGACAAGCUUGGCUCACUCGAUACUGCCCGCAAAGCUGUAUCGAUAAUUGCAGAACACCGAAAUAGCAGCCGCUUACGCCAAUGGCUCAAGGAAGGCAGUAUGGAUCAGCCCGAGAUGGAUAUGGGCGAGGCAUAUGCCCUGUUCUCUAUCAGCGAUCGGACUGCCAAGGUCGACUUCGACGUCAUGAAGACCACAAUAGCCUUUGCGCCACCAGAGAGCGCCGAAAAGAUGCAAAAAGCUUAUCAAAUGAUUGAGCAAGAUCAGGCGACAAACUUCAACAACAGAUCGAAUCAAUCAGAAGUGCGCCGUAACGACUACCCUCUUGAGACCUGGCCGGUUGGUCUCCGGAAUAUUGGAAACACUUGCUAUCUCAACAGCGUCCUUCAAUUUCUCUUCACGAUCAAACCGCUUCGAGACCUAGUUCUGAACUGUGACGAGUACCUCCAAGACCCAUCACCAGAGGCCUUGAGGGGAAAGAAGGUCGGCCGUACCGAUGUGACCGCUGAUAGGGUAGAGGUCGCUCAAAAGUUCAUUCGCGAGUUACGGACUUUCUUCAAUCACAUGAUCACAGCGCCUACAGACACUGUGCAGCCAGCGAUAGAUAUUGCUGCAUUGGCACUAUGCAAGACAGACACUCCGCAGUCGGAACCGAAAUCACCAGGCCCUGAUAGCAAGAAAGAUGAUAGUUUGGGUUCAAUCGAAGGGGCACCUGUGAUCGGUCCAAUGCUGGCUCCCGCGAAUGACAGCGCACUCGCUGCUACAUCCACCGCUGAUUCCGUCAUGGGAGAUGAUAACAGCGACACUUCUAUGCAAGCAAUGAAUCUUCAGGGUCCGUCGCAGGAUGCCACAAGCGCACCACCAGCUGCGCCUACUCGGCCGCCUCCUAUUCCUCCCCGACCGGCGGUGCCUACGAAAAGCAAAAUCGGAAACAUCGAAGAGAGUGCCCGGCAACAAGAUGCUGCUGAAGUCUUGGGCAACAUCUUUGAUCUCUUCUCGUGCGCUAUCAAGGGCAAGGGUCUUUUGCGUGAAGAUGAACAGCUCGACAUGAUCAAGGAGUUGUUCUUCAGCGAUGUCACUUCGGUCCGCAACACAAAACCAAAACCAGAAGAGUCUCACGAGCUUCGCGACCACUUCUUGGUGUCGCCCGGCUGGCGAGAUCGCAAUCUCUAUGCUACCCUAGACGACGAUUUUGGUCAAAGUGAGAUGGAAGGUGGCAUCACGAAGUAUGAUUACAUCCGACAAGCUGCGCCUGUUCAGAUCAUCAACCUUCGAAGAUUGCAGUUCGACAAAGAGAAGGGCGAGCAGGUGUAUGAUCGCUCACACAUUGGCCUAGAGAAGACGCUCUACCUGGAUCGGUACCUGGAGAAGACACAAUCGCUGCCUCAGCUCGAGCUCUUGAAACUCCGCGAAGCACAAUGGGAGAAGCAAGGACAGUUACGGCUUUAUGAGCAACGUCGGGACGCAUUAAGGCGAACGGAUGUCGAAGGGCUGGACCUCGCCGAGUCUGUCGACGAAGCCAGUGCCUUCAUCGCAGAUCUGAGCAAACAGUACGAGGAGCAAGCCGACGACGCAUUGCCAACGCCGCCACCCGAGCUCGCCGAUGCCCUCACCGAGAAGGCACAGCUCCUGAAAAAAGACCUUGCACAAAUGGACGUACAGAUGACUUCACUCGAAGCCGAGAUCGACAGUCUCUUCAAGGAAUCCCGCGAUCACCCGUACCGCCUGCACGCCGUAUUUACCCAUCGUGGUGGCACUAAGGGCGGCCACUACUGGAUCUACAUCUACGACUUUCAGAACAACUUGUGGCGCAAGUACAACGAUGACCACGUGACACUUGUUACCGAGAGUGAUAUCUUCGACCGCGAAAUCGCUGCUAUGCCUUCUGCCAGUACGGGUGUUGUGUACAUCCGCGAAGACUUGAUCCAUACCAUCACCGAAGCAGUUCGCAGGGAGCCAUUACCAGUCGAGGCCGAAACCCAAGGCGACGUCCACAUGCGCGACGCAGACGAUGCGAUACCGCAGCUUGAGCCCGUUGCGUACAAUGACGUGCAGGUCAUCGACGGGGUUGAAAAGUCGUAA